AUGCCCGUCCUACGCUAUCAGCAGGACUUGAACUACAUUCCGCCGCCCGACAUUCCCACCACCAGGAACAGAAAAAGAAAGUUAAGAGGAUCCAUCCCCUGGCUCGAUACUGGCAACCAAGAGGUCCCCGGAGGAAAGUAUUACGCCUCAGACGAGGCAAUUGUGAACGCUGCGCUUCUACUCUUUUUACAAGCUGUUACAGGCCUGUCCGGCAAUCAUGAUGUGAAGUGGACCAUUGAAUGCGUCUCGUUUCAACUUGAUUUUACUAACGCUCGAUUUACAACAAUCACCGACGGCGCCAUGGUGACCAAGAAUAGUGGUAAAACCCGGGGUCUCUGCGAAGUAAAGAGAAAACAGCUCGGUCAUACAGACCAAAGCGCGGCAACGGUUUCUAUGCAGGAGACGGCAGAGUUAGUCGGGCUGAUCAAGAAAAACGGUUCCACGGUAUUCCUGAAUGGCCAACACCUCCUAACUUCGCAGUACGCGAACGAGAUCUAUCUCCUGUUCGCAAAGGCGCAGGUGUCAUACCACGAAUACCUCAACACGGGAGCAAUUGGUAAUGAUGACUUCUUAGUCAUCCAGAGAUGUGGCCCCUGGCGGGUGAGCGAUCCUGCCUGUAUGGAGCAAUUGGUUGUCAUCAUUUUAGCCAUUGUUUUGCUGGCGGACAAGGCUCGAUUCGUUAGUUGA